AUGGCCAAUCGAAUCUCCCAUUGGCUUGGCUGUACAGGUCCCAGCUACACCGUGGACACUGCGUGCAGUUCAAGUUUGUUUGCCAUGGAUCAUGCGUACAAAGCGAUUAGAACUGGAGAAUGUGAAGACGCCAUUGUUGUGGGAUGUCAUUUAUGCCUUCAUCCACAUACGUCUCAGCAGUUUUUUCUUCUUGGCGUACUUUCCGCUGAUGGAAGCUGCAAAUCAUUCGACGCUGAGGGGAACGGUUACUGUCGCAGUGAGGCACUAUGUGCCAUCUAUCUUCAGAAAUCAAAGGAUGCUAAACGCAUUUAUGCGCAUGUUGUUCAUUCGAAAACAAAUUGCGAUGGCUACAAAGAAGAAGGGAUCACCUUUCCAUCAAGUACAAUGCAACUCGUUCUGCUUGAACAAUUCUACGAAGAGUGCAAAGUUUUACCAUCCGAUUUGGCUUUCUUAGAAGCGCAUGGUACUGGAACCAAAGUAGGUGAUCCUGCCGAAGUAAACGCUAUUGAGAAAGUAUUCUGCCCUGGACGAACAACUCCACUUCAAAUCGGUUCAGUUAAGUCGAAUUUAGGUCACACUGAACCAGUAAGUGGCCUUUGCUCCGUCGCCAAGGUGAUACUCGCGAUGGAGAGUGGAAUCAUCCCGCCAAAUAUAAAUUAUAAUCGUCCCCGUGAAGAAAUCGAAGCACUGAUGACAGGUCGCAUUCAAGUUAUUACCGAACCGACGCAAUGGAAGGGCGGUUACGUUGGUAUAAACUCUUUUGGCUUCGGCGGUGGAAACGCACAUAUUUUAUUGAAGUCAAAUCCAAAAGAGAAAAUCAAUGAUGGUGCACCUACUGAUGACAUACCGAGACUCGUUGUUGUAUCUGGACGGACGGAAGAAGCUGUUGCAACUUUAUUGAAUUACCUUGAAAGCAGACCCGUGGAUGUCGAUUUCGUCAGCCUCUUCCACGACAUACAUGCUGAAGAGAUUUCUGGUCAUAAAUAUCGUGGAUAUACCAUAUUGCCAGCCCGAGGCGUAGCGCAAAACAACGUACGAGAUAUACGAUAUUACUCUGGUCAGAAGCGACCGAUAUGGUUCGUGUUCUCUGGAAUGGGAUAUCAGUGGACUGGAAUCGGUGAAAGUUUGUUAAAAUUUCCGGUGUUCGCCGAGGCCAUUCGGAAAUGCGAAGCCGCUCUUAAGCCGCACGGUAUAGAUGUCGUUCAAGUAUUGACUGAUAAAAAUCCGGAGACGUUCGACGAUAUUAUCAAAUUUCGUGUUGGCACAGCAGCAAUCCAGAUUGGUUUAGUGGAUUUACUGUCAUCGAUAGGAAUUAUACCGGAUUACGUCACUGACUAUCUAGCGGGAGAGUUAGGCUGUGCCUACGCUGAUGGCUGCUUGACCGCAGAACAGACGGUCUUAGUAGCAUACUAUCAAGGUCUGGUAUUGGCAGAAUCUGGUACAGUUCAUGGAAAUAUGGCAGUUGUGGAGCUGGAUACCGUCAAACUAAGGAAUUUGUGUCCACACGACAUACGUAUAGAUUGCUCCAAUGGUCCUCACAGCUCAGUGGUCAGCGGGCCUGCAGAUUCUAUGACCAAAUUUGUUGCGAAGUUACAGGCUAAUAAUAUUCUUGUUCGAGCUGAAGCUCGUGGUAGCAUCGUCUGCAAAAGUGGUGAGAUACAGACAGCGGCUCAGCAACUAUUGGCUCAUUUGCAUAAGGUUAUUCCUGAUCCAAAACCUUGCAGCCGAAAAUGGCUUAACUCGGUAUCUUAUAAAAACUGGAAAAAUACCUCAGCUCGUUUAUGUUCAGCUGAGUACUGGUCGAGAAAUCUGAUCGUUCCAGUCUCGUUUGAAAAAGUAUGUCAUCUUUUGCCUAACGAUGCAGUAACUGUUGAACUGGCACCACAUAAUUUGCUUCGAUUUGCUUUGUGGGGAUUGUCAAAAGACGAAGUGACCAAUAUCGGCUUGACGAAAUAUUUGAAUGACGACAACGUCAACGUUUUACUUGACGCCAUUGGAAAAAUGUACGAAAUUGGAUUAUCUCCCAAAUUCAGUAAUUUAUACCCUCAUGUUCGAUAUCCAGUCAGUCGGGGAACUCCUAUGAUUUCUCCACUGAUCCGUUGGGAACAUUCAGAAAACUGGUAUGUCGCUCGCAUGCAAAAGCAAGAUAAACUAGAUAAAGGAGAAAUUAAUAUAAACGUCAACCUCCUCGAUGACGAGUUUGAAUGGAUGUCAGGGCACAUCAUUGAUGGAAGAAACUUGGUUCCUGCAACCGGUUACUUGGCAUUAAUCUGGAAAACUCUGGAAAUGAUGCGAGGGGAUCGAAGCUUGGAAGUUUCGGUGGUGUUUGAAAAUGUGAAAUUUCACCGAGCCACUACAAUCCCUAAAACAGGCGUUACAUUGCAACUGAUGAUUCACAAAGGGUCGGGCAGGUUUGAAGUUGCAGAAGGUGGUAUCAGCAUCGUUACGGGCGUCAUUCGUGCCACUACGAACCCAGCUCAGGAACGUGUCAAGACUGAUUCAUUACGCGUGGAAGAGGAAGAACUUUACUUAACGAGCAGAGAUAUUUACAAAGAGCUACGGCUUAGGGGCUACCAGUACACAGGCUUGUGCCGGGGUCUCACAGAAGCGUCCUUUAAAGGUACCAGAGGCCGCAUAGCUUGGCAAAAAAAUUGGGCAGCCUUUAUGGAUAACAUGCUGCAACUACAGAUCCUUGGAAUCGACACUCGAGGACUAUUUGUUCCUACAGCUAUACGGAAGCUGGUGAUCGAUACAAAGCUGCACAUACGUCACCUUAAUUCGAUGCCUAACGACAAAAAAGAGUUUGCUGUGGAAGUUUACAAAGAUUUGGACAUCAUCGUAUCUGGUGGAAUAGAAAUUCGAGGUCUCAGAGCCAGUGCGAUAGCCCGCAAAAAACCGACUGCAGAUCCCGUUCUGGAGAAAUAUGAAUUUGUAGCGCAUCGCGAUCAAGCCCAAGCUGAAUUGGAUGUGAUAACUCGCAUUGCUGUACAGAUAGCUCUGGAAAACCAUGGUGGUAUCAGAAUGAAAACAGUCGAACUGAUAGACGAUGGAGAUGAUGCAUGUCCUGAAAAUUUGAUAUCUCCUUUGAUUCGUGAAGUGUUGAGCAAUUUACCGUUACUCGAAGCGGAUUUGAAUAUCUUUGCACCCCUGGACAAGUUUUCGGAAAAUGCUCUAUCCUCCGAUAUCAAAAUAUCCCAGCCAAAAAACUUGGCCGCUGAAUUCGAUGCUGUACUUAUCAUCACCCGUGGUCUCUUCUCUUGCAAGAAUAGAGAAAUGUUGAAACGGGUAGAAACAGCUAUGAAAGGCGGAAGUUUUAUGCUGGCUAGAGAACCGCUAAAUAAUGAUCCUGAAAUUGUACGGAAUGCAAUGGAUAAAGAAUUUCAUAUCGUCCUGGAAAAAUGUACACUCAGCGAGUUUAUAAUACUGCUGCGUAAGAAGGAACAGCUGCCUGGACUGACUACUGUCAUAAACAUUGACAAUUAUGAAUUCACCUGGCUUAACAAUCUACAGAUUGCGUUAAAGGCGGAAAACGAAAAGGCUGGUCGUACCACUAAUCGGAUACUUCUUGUUCACGAGGGAGAUUUGCAAAGUGGACUCAUGGGAUUGGUAAAUUGUUUGCGUAGAGAACCUGGUGGUAAAGUGAUCCAAGGUUUGUUAAUCCAAGAUUCAAAAGCUCCAAAAUUCUCUUUGGAAGACUCAUUAUACGCUGAACAGUUGAAAUUGGGUUUGUCGUUGAAUGUUCUACGUCCUGGGAAAGUGUGGGGGUCUUAUCGGUUUCUACCACUGAAACCGUUGGCUUCCAAACCAGUCUACCAUACCAUUCUGAGCCAGAGUACACGUGGUGAUUUAAGCUCUGUCCAGUGGGUUGAAGGUACGAUUCAGCCCACAAACCAGAACAAGGACAUCAUCCAAGUAUAUUAUUCGUCGAUAAACUUCCGAGACAUUAUGAUACUCACUGCAAAACUAGCACAUGAGGUGAUAAGUAAACAAAGAACGUUACAAAGUUGCGUGUUUGGGUUCGAAUUCUCCGGAAGAGAUGUUAAUGGUUGUGCCAUUAUGGGGAUGAUUGACGCCGGAAGUUUUACAAAUCUAUGUUUAGAUGAGAAACAUCUUACUUGGCCAAUACCGGAGCGUUGGACUCUAGAAGAUGCAGCCACGAUUCCAGUUGCUUAUGGAACAGCAUACUUGGCGCUUAUGUGGACCGGUAAGAUGAAAAAAGGAGACAAGCUUUUGAUCCACGCUGGAAGCGGCGGCGUUGGGCAGGCAGCUAUAACCUUAGCGCUUCACGAAGGCUGCGAAGUUUUCACGACAGUUGGCACGCCACAGAAACGAGAAUUCAUUAAAGAACAAUUCCCAGAAAUCGAUGACGACCAUAUUGGAAAUUCUCGAGAUACCAGUUUCGAGCAACUGGUUCUUCGUAAAACGCAUGGACGAGGGGUAGACAUCGUACUAAAUUCUUUGGCAGAGGAAAAGUUACAAGCGUCAGUUCGUUGUUUAGCAACUGGUGGACGAUUUCUGGAGAUCGGGAAAUUCGAUCUCGCGGCUAAUAAUCCUCUGAGCAUGGAAACUUUUCUUAAGGGCAUCAGUUUCCAUGGAAUCAUGUUGGAUAAUAUACUUACUGGCUUUCCGGAAGUGAAAAAUACAGUACGGGAAAUGCUGACUGAAGGCAUACGGAGUGGUGCCGUCAAACCACUUGUUCGGACUGUAUUUGCAAUGGACCAGGUUGAAGAGGCUUUGAGAUACAUGGCGGGCGGGAAACAUAUUGGAAAGGUCAUUAUCAAAAUUCGUAACGAAGAUAGAGGAUGUCAGCCUCUCCUGCGUUCCGCAUUACCCCGUUAUUACUGUUCAGAGGAUGGCAGUUAUCUCAUUCUUGGUGGCCUAGGUGGUUUUGGUCUUGAGCUAGCCGAUUGGCUCGUACUUCGCGGAGCGAAAAAAUUGAUUCUCACGUCCCGUAAAGGAGUCAAUUCUGGAUAUCAACGUGCGAGAAUCAAUACUUGGCAAAGUUACGGGGUGAAAGUCAUUAUCUCAGUGGGGAAAGAUGCCUCGACGCAGGAAGGAUGCGAGGCUAUUCUGAAAGAAGCAGCGUCACUUGGACCAGUUCUCGCUAUUUUUAAUUUAGCUGUCGUACUCAAAGACGCCCUUUACGAAAAUCAGACAGUGGAAUCAUUCGAAGAAUCUUUUAGAGUCAAGGCUUGGGCUACAAAGCGGAUGGAUCAAUUAUCAAGAAUAUUGUGCCCGCAACUCAGGCAUUUCGUGGUGUUUUCGUCGGUAUCUUGUGGAAGAGGUAACCCGGGACAAACGAACUACGGGAUGGCUAACUCUAUCAUGGAAAGAAUAUGCGAAAACCGAGUAGCAGAGAAGUUGCCCGGCUUGGCUAUACAAUGGGGAGCCGUCGGUGAUGUCGGACUCGUUGCUGAAAUGCAGGAAGAUAACAAGGAAGUUAUUAUCGGCGGUACCCUGCAACAACGAAUAUUGUCUUGUCUGCAAGAACUCGAUGGUUUUCUAAAUCAAGCAUCUCCAGUCGUGUCGAGCAUGGUAGUUGCUGAGAAAAAGUCCGGAGGCGCCAAAGGAAAUAUUGUCGAAACAGUCGUGGAUUUAAUGGGACUCAAAGACCUUAAAAUGAUAAGUCUGCAAACGCCGUUGUCAGAACUUGGGAUGGAUUCAAUGAUGGCAGUUGAAAUCAAACAGACGUUAGAACGUGAAUUUGAAGUAUUUCUAACAGCAACGGACAUUCGUAGUCUCAAUUUUGCAAAGUUACAGGAAAUGUCAGUGAAACAGGCCGAAGGAAACGAAAAUGAGAAAGAGCUGGAACCUAAUAUCGCUGAAAACUUGGCGGGUGUAAAACUGCUUUUAAGAGUUCUGGGAACAAAUGAUCAACACGACGAUAACGUUUGUGUCCCUCUAUCGACAUGCGCAAAAAAUGAAAGACGAGAAGUAUUCAUAGUACCAGGAAUCGAAGGAACACACUCUAUAUUCCAGUCUUUGACCGGUAAAUUGAAAUCACAAACAACAUGUUUGCAGCUUGGUAUAGCUUCUGCGAAUGCCAAGUCAAUUGAGGACUUGGCUGACUAUCUGAUCCCACAUGUCGAAGCCAGAUAUGAAGGAUGUCGUGACUUUGUGAUCGCUGGGUAUUCCUUUGGAUCUUUGGUCGCCAUUGAGCUUGCGAGACGCUUGGAGUCCAAAGGUUUCAGCGGUCGACUAGUUUUGAUCGAUGGUUCACCUGAUCACAUGAAAGCUCUCUGCAUUGAACACCUCAUCGUCGAUGACGACGCUCAGUUGCAAACUCUGUUGUUACUGGAGUUUAUGGAUGCGGUUGAUCCAUCGAAGAAAGCAGAGUUGGACAGAGAGUUGAAAAAGUGUUACACUUGGGACGAAAAGUUGACAGCGUUCACCAAUAACGUACCUGCCAAUAGAAAUUUGAAUUUCACUGUCGAAGACCAAAAAGCCAUGUGUUCAUCGUAUUACAAUCGCAUCAAAGCUGUCCUGAAUUAUAAAUUUCCAGCACUAUCACGCCUGAACAUACCAAUAACCUUAAUAAAACCAACAAUUCAAUCCGUACGUGAAAUAUCAGGAGACUACGGUCUGGGGCUGAUCACUUGCCAGAAAGUCGAAAUCCGUCACGCCGUAGGCAACCAUGUUUCGAUGUUGGACGAUGACAUUUGUGCAGCAGCCAUCGAUGGAAAAUUUCUCGAAGAUAUCGAAAUAUGCGAGCCAAACGAAAGAUUACCCUAGAAUCGUGAACUCUGCACACGCUCAUAUCGCGUGCCAAAUGCCAAAAGGGCGUAUUACAGCAGUUAGAUAGGGUUUUAUGACUGG